AUGGUUAAGAAAAGCAAAAGUCGCAAAAAAGUGAAGAAGGUUAGAAGCAAAAGCUCCGUUGUGCAGACACUAUCAGCGGGAAAAAGUCGUUUAACACAAGAGGUCUCAAGCAAUGACAGCUCAAACGCACGAGUUGAGGCACAGCCAAUGUGCAACCCUUUAUUUUUAUGGAGUAAUUCUAUAACGGAAAAUAUCAGCCGAACGCCAAGAGGAAAUAUUAGUCGUAAUGAAACAUCCCGGGAGUAUGCAAGGCUGAAGGAGUAUAGGUUAUUAGCCACCGACUAUCAUAGUAGAGGUGAUCAAAAGUUUCUGGAACGAGAUUUUCGUGGAGCUUAUGCUGAUUUUUUAUGCGCAAUGAAGAUACUAGGCGAGCACGGGAAUAUCAGCGAUGAAUUUGGAAGGGAUAUGAAAAUGCUGCGAGUAUAUCAGGAUAAAUGUUGUAUUUGUUUCUGGGUACUCUAUAGGAUGGAGAGAAAUCAAAGUCUUCUCACCAAAUGUUUUGAGUGCUACAACCAGCUAAUUGAGAAAGAUUCGACUCAUGCUUUUUGGUACAAAAGACGGGCAAUUCUUCUGCGCGACGAGUGUCACAACUACAAAUUAGCUUAUAAAGACUUUGUGUUAUUUACGACACUGAUGAAGGAGUAUCGUUUGAUAGUAGCAAAGGAAGAAGUGAGUGAUACCAUUUAUUGUUUUCGAGAAACAGCGAAGAUGGCAUGGUCAUUGGAAAAAGAAAAACAGAGAGCCAAAAAGCCCUUCUUAACUUCGGAUUGGAUAAAUUUGUGGGCUCUAUGUCCAUGUGACGAUAUACUACUCGAAGACUUGUUAUCUGUUCGUGAAGAAGACAGAAAUCCUCAGAACAAAUCCACACUCGCUGAAAGUGCUUAUAAGGAUGCUCUGAAGCAAACGGCUCGAGGAUAUCAUAGUAUGGUUGUUGACACAUUACUUGAUGCGUAUGCAGAAAGACAAGGAAUUUAUAGAUCCGAAGCAUUUCUAUUGCUCUCGUUAAUUUAUUCGCAAAUUUGCGACAAUAAGGUUGAUUAUUAUUUGGACACUUUUAUAGUCCUUUGGGAAGUUGAUCAGUAUAAAGUGCCACUUCCUCGACGAAAACAAAUUUUUAUGCGAUACAUGAGCUUAGCGCGCGCUCUGCCAUCAUCACCUUUUGAGAAUCUCGACUUAUCAAUGUUCUCAUCCGAAGAACAAGCACAGUUUUAUACACAAACAGCGCUCACAAUAAUCUUACGCUUGCAACUUUUGGGAGGUGCAGUAGAAGCACGAGCGGAAAUGAAUACAACGAAUUUGAUGAAGUUGGAGAAUGUUGAAAAUUUAUGUGAUCGUGCCAUCAAGGCCGACAGACAGUUUUUACACAUUGGCAUGCUGAGAGAAUAUACGGUGGUGGAAAUAGCAUUGAUUGAUAAUAUAAGCAAUCAUUCUGCCCGCGCACUCGCUUCACUUAAAGAAUACAUUGAAGCAAUUCAGGACAAAUUCAAACCUAAGGAUCGCUCUUUUUCCUUAUGGUGUCUUUUUUCUGCUCAUUUUAUUAACCGAGACACCGAUGAAGCAAUAAAAUACGGCAUGGAAUUAGAGAAAGAUUUGUUAUUUCCUGGUUUUAUUGCAUCUUUUCUUUUAGAGAACAAAUGUUCUGCAGAAGAAAAUAUCGAUACAGAAAAUAUUUUAAAUUUGAUAGGCAAAGUUGAGGAACGACUUAAGGAUGAUCCCGAAUAUUUUCGUUUAUAUUUAAAUCUCACUGAACUCUAUCAUCGUUUAGAUUUCAAUGAAGAAGCAAGCGUAUGUGCGAAUUUAGCUAUAAAAUAUUGGCCAGCUCAUAUCUUCGGAGGGCGAUUGGAACAACUGGUAAGAAAUGCGGUGGUGCUGGAAGCUCUUAUGGAAGCUGAGAAGAAACUCAGAAGUUUAAGAGCAUGUAGGAUCUUAUUAUCAUUACCAAUGUUAACCUGA